UAAGCGAUUUUUUUUCUUUCGGAAAAUGGAAGUUAUAAGUUUAGUGUGGCAAUUUGUUGUUUCUGUAGUGAUCAUACAGGUAGUUGUGGCAGAGGAGUGCAUUAGAUUGCAGGACCAUAUGAAUGAGCUCGAAAAAUGCUGCAGCUAUACCCCGCCCUAUCCUCGGGACGGUAUUGGAAAAUGCUCUAAGCAAGCAGCAGAAAAAAGCGGGACAGAUAAAGUAGAAUAUCUAUCGUGCAUUUUUGAAUGUUAUUUCGACCGGCUCGGAUUGGUGGUUGAUAAUACGCUCCACCUGGAUAAGGUAUCCGAACAUCUGCAGUCGAUGAGUGAGGAUGUUCGGAGCACGGUUAUUGCAGCGUACAAAAAAUGUGAUGCUGAAACAACUGGAUCACAACGCGUUUGCCAUUCAUAUGCACAGGAGCUUGAAGCAUGCACUCUGAUAGAGAUCAGCCGACUAUGCCCGGAUGAGCUUUACAAUCCGAGUGAAAUAUGCGACAAGAGAAGGGCAGGCGCUGAAAUCUGCUCAAGUUAAAAUGAAAGUAUUACAAACUAGGACGGUCAAACCUAGAAUAAAGCUUAUUCUCCAUUCACAGUAAGAGGUAUAUGUUUUAUUUAGCUUGAUGUAGAAAGACAGUAUUGCUCAC